UGUUAAAAACAAAACAAAACACGGAAACAGAAGUCGUAAACUCCGCUGCUCAAACGAUGUCUCAGAAAGCAACAUUUUGGCUAAUAACACCAUUCCGGCGUUUUGACUCCAUUUAUUUAUCUGUCAUUUGGAGGACUAACGCUCCUGUUGCUAGUCGAUAUAUUUCGGUUUCUCAGGAACAGUAAAUCGUAGAAGGUGAUCUACUUUUGAAUGCUGAAGGACUUUUGAAGCAUUUGGCUGCAGAUAAAUCAAAAGCAAAGAUGGCCGGGGUUUGGAGGUUGCUCUUCUUAUUCCUCAUGUGGAGUUUAUGUGAAAGCCAUCUUCACUUCCCUCCAUCUGUCAGAGAAAUAUCUGCAGCAUCAUCUAAUAAAACUGUAAAAAGAGGCAUCACAGCAGAGGUUGCAGGAUAUACUGACGUGGCCAAACGGAUCAUAGACCUGGCUGUGUUCGGUGCGGCCCGGAAUCGCUCUUACACCCGACUGGCUGACUUCACUGACACGAUAGGGAACCGUGUCAGUGGCUCAGACAAUCUGAAUAUGGCUAUUAAAUACAUGUACAGUGCCAUGGCGAAGGAUGGCUUGGAUGUACAUCUAGAACCAGUGAAAAUCCCACACUGGGUAAGAGGGAAGGAGAGCGCACAGAUGAUUCUUCCCCGGACAAAGAGCCUGGCCAUACUGGGGCUGGGCAGCAGUAUAGGAACUCCACCUGAGGGUAUCAAAGCAGAGGUGCUGGUGGUUCAGUCAUUUGAGGAACUGAAGCAAAGAGCCAGUGAAGCUGCAGGAAGAAUUGUAGUUUUCAACCAGCCGUUUGUCAGCUAUGGAGAGACUGUGGCUUACCGUGCUUUUGGUGCGUCUGAGGCAGCCAAACUGGGAGCUGUAGCCACACUCAUUCGAUCCAUUACUCCAUUCUCUAUUAACAGUCCUCACACAGGUUGGCAGGACUACCAAGAUGGAGUGAAGCGCAUCCCUACUGCCUGCAUUACAGUGGAGGAUGCUGAGCUGAUGUGGCGCAUAGCCCAGAGGGGUCAGCAGAUUGUGGUUCGACUCUACAUGGAAGCCAAGACGUUACCAGAUGCUGAUUCUUUCAACACGGUGGCUGAAAUUAAAGGCUGGCAGCACCCUGAGCAGGUCGUCCUUCUGAGCGGACAUUUGGACAGCUGGGACGUGGGCCAAGGCGCCAUGGAUGACGGAGGCGGAGCCAUGAUUUCCUGGGAGGCCCUGUCCCUAAUCAAAAACCUAGGCUUGCGUCCAAGAAGAACUUUAAGAACAGUUCUGUGGACGGCUGAGGAGCAGGGUGGGGUCGGAGCACAGCAGUACUUCAGUCUGCACAAGGGGAACAUGUCCAACUUUGACCUUGUUAUGGAAUCUGACUUGGGGACGUUCACCCCGGUUGCUCUGCAGUUUACUGGAAGUGAUGCAGCCCGAAAGGUUAUGCAGGAAGUGGUCAAACUUCUGGCUCCGAUUAAUGUAACGAAACUGGAGAACAACGGUGAGGGGACAGACAUCUCACCGUGGAUGGAGGCGGGAGUGCCAGGUGCCAGCCUCCACACGGCCGACAGUCGGUACUUUUGGUUCCACCACAGUGAGGGUGACACCAUGUCUGUCCAGGACCCCAGAGAUAUGGACCUCUGCUCCGCUCUGUGGGCGGUGGUGGCGUACGUCGUGGCAGACCUGCAGGACAUGCUGCCGAGGUAGCAGGAAGUCGGGGCGUCGCACGAAGACAAUUACUGAUUACAAACGGAAGUGAAGUGACUUUAUGAAUAAAUGAUUAUAACGGGGGUUGUGCCACUUUUUAUACAUUUGAUUUCAAACUAAAUUAUUUUGAUGUCGAUCAAGCUUAGAGGUUGAUGAAUAUUUGCCAGAUUUGGAUUUAUUCUAUGUAUUUUUUUUAUUUUAAUUUCUGCAGACACACUAAAUGAUUUUGGAAAAUUGUUAAAUGAAUUAGUGAAUCUUCCUUAAAGCCCCACUCUGAUCAACUUCUGAUCUGUUUUCAAACUGUUCUCAGUGGUCUUUUAAUUAUAAAAGUUUAAAAAUCUGUAUCGUUUUCUAGAACGUAGCUUCUACAGUGGCAGGAGUUCAUCAGAAAUAUGCCUGUAAGUUGUGGGCGAGUCUGUUUGCAUGGAGUAAGCCCACCCCCACUUCCCAUCAUCCAUCUGUUUACACUCUCUCCCACUAAUGGGAGAAGGCUAACCAAUGUUAGACCUAUUCAGAUGGACAGUUAUAGCCAUCUAUAUAGACGUCUACAUCCAUGAAGACGUUCAUGGAUGUAGACGUCUACAAGUUAAUGAAUCAGAAUGGUGCGUGGCCCGCACGCACCAUUCUGCUCUUGAUUCACAAGAAUUUGAAUAAAGAAAUAUUUAGAUAUGCAUUUUUAACCUUAAUUUAUUUUACAUAUGUCCUCCAUAAGAACAAUGAUUUUCAUCAAAUAGAUCUUUAAAAAGUCCUGCAGGAAAAGACCUGUAGAGUUUUUUUUUUGUGUACUUUUCAGAUGUUCUUCAAAACAUGUUAAAUAAAAUACUGGAAGAUUAAAAACAACAACUGAAUAAAUGAA